UGGGGGCAACAUCAGACGGGCCUGUAUACGUAGCGGCGGGCGUCCAGUGGCCCCGCAGCGUGCGAGAGAAAUGUGGUCCUCCGUCUGCUUCGCGCUUCUCCUGUGCGUCCUAGGCCUAGUAGCCGGCGACACGCCGGCCAAUUGCACGUACGAUGAGACACGAGGAUGGUGGACUUUCACCGAAGGCCCUCGCGACGGUGACAGAAGCAUAGAGUGCGACAACUGGAUGCCAGGAAAAGGUGCCUCCAAGAUACGGGUGUUGCUGGAGUUCCCGAACUUGGCCACUGACGAACUUGGAAACCGAGGGACCUGGACCCUGAUCUAUAACCAGGGAUUCGAAGUUGUGAUAAACUUCAGAAGGUACUUCGCCUUCUCCAACUACAGCAAGAGCGAGAGCUUCUGCAGCAGCACCAAGGCGGGAUGGGCGCACGACAUUCUCGGCCACAACUGGGCCUGCUUCGAAGGACAUCGGGACGACAGCGUCCAGCAAGGAAAGCCACUGCAGGCUGAGACGCUCGGGCGUGAAGUGGGCGACACCGUGGACCCUUUCAACAGCGAGGAGUUCGUGGCGCUCCUCAACAAGGCGCAGAGCUCUUGGACGGCAAAGGUGCACGAGCCCUUCCGGGGCAAGACCCUCGACGAGAUGAUGAGCAUCCGCGGGGGUCACCGCAACAGGAACUUCAGAACCCCGCCACCAGCACCAGCGACCGAGGAGCAGCGGAAGCUGGCCAGUGCCCUGCCGGAGGAGUUCGACUGGAGGAACGUCAGCGGUGUCAACUACGUGUCGCCGGUCCGCAAUCAGGGGGGCUGCGGUAGCUGCUACGCAUUCGCAUCGAUGGCCCUCCUGGAGUCCAGGCUGCGCAUCGCCACCAACAACAAAGUGAAGCGUGUUUUCUCGCCGCAAGACGUCGUCUCCUGCUCGCCGUACUCGCAAGGCUGCAGCGGAGGCUUCCCGUACCUGAUCGGUGGCAAGUACGCGCAGGACUACGGUGUCGUGGACGAAGAGUGCAACCGCUACACGGGGCGGGACGGGCCCUGCAAGACGAGGCCCAACUGCACCAGGCACUACGUGGCCAAGUACCGCUACUGCGGAGGCUACUACGGCGCCUGCAACGAGGAAGUGAUGCGCCUGGCGCUGGUGCACGGGGGCCCGGUCGCCGUGGGCUUCGAGGUGUACCCGGACUUCCAGUCGUACUCGGGCGGCGUCUACCAGCACACCACCUUGCACCGGCAGCUGGGCGCCCCGUUCGACCCGUUCGAGCUGACCAACCACGCGGUCCUCGUGGUCGGCUACGGUUGGGACGAGGCCUCGCAGCUUCCUUACUGGACGGUCAAGAACUCGUGGGGCCCCGGGUGGGGCGAGGACGGGUUCUUCCGCAUACGACGUGGAAACGACGAAUGUGGCAUCGAGAGCCUCGCCGUCGAAGUCGAACCCAUACCCUAAACGAGUAAAUCAUCGCCUCGUCCAGCAGAUGUGUGCGCCGACCUGGCAUCCCUUGUAUCAUGCGAGGCAUGAUGCGCGGCACGUUUAAAUAAAAGUCAUUUCACAAACUUU